AUGCCCAUCCGACCAGCAACCUACAGUGACCUCCUCCCAGCCUCCAAAUUCCUAGCCAAAGCCUUCCAAGAUGAAGAUCUCUUCGGCCGCUACAUGCAUCCCAAAAGAAACGAAUUCCCCAAUGACACGUACCUCUGCUUCCUCAACAAACUACGAAUAGGCUGGGCAAGUGGUCCCAACAACCACUUCCUCGUCUCCUACAAAAUAAACCCCGUCAACGGCCAAGAAAUCCUCACGGGAAUUGCUCGUUGGCAAAGAAUGUCCGCCAAAGACUCCCCAAGUCUCUACACAACCACCACCCUCACCGCCAUGAAAACUUACAUUUGGCUGGAAUCCUUCCUCUACCCGAAUCGUGCCAUGGAUUACUCCCGRGAGCRAAUUCUAAAUGAUGUAGGUCCUUAUGUGGGACAUUUCUGGUCUGGAACGAGAAGUGAAGUGUGGGAUUUGGAUUUCUUGGGCGUGGAUCCUGAGCAGGGACGACAGGGUUUUGGACGGGAAUUGGUUAUGUGGGGGUUUGAGCAGGCGAGGAAGGAAGGGGUUGGUUGUAGUGUUAUUGCUUCGGAUGGUAAGGAGAGGUUUUAUCAGAGUUGUGGGUUUGAUGUUAUUGCGGGGACGGUGAGGGAUUUUGGGGGAGAGGCGAAUCCUAUGGUUAGGGAUGGCAUUACUGGGGGGUCGAUUUUGUUUUGGGAUAAUGGARAGCCCAAGGGGGUUAAGAAUUAUGGAGAGGAGUAG